CUUAUCUAAAAAUCUGAAUGGUCCCCUGCCAACCCAAUGGCAUUUGCGUAAUAUUUCACACAGAACUGCAUAGCUGAAAAAAGAAGGAACUUUUAAAGAACCAAAUUCUGCAAAGAUUAUAAUCAUGCCACUAAGUAUCAAGUGGCAUGAACAACUACAUGGCUUUACUUCAUUCCCAUCCCCUGCUACUCCAAUCUUCAAUACCAGGAAGAAAGUUGAAGUGAUAAGGGUGUUAGCUAAAGCAGCUAACUUGGGUUCUGAAUCAAAUGCAAAGAAAGCAAAUUUGUGUGCUGCAAAGAAGGAAAGAAUUAAGCUGCCAAGUUUUGAUGGUAGCUUAGGGCGCAAGAAUUUUCACAUUAGAGAGUUUCUAAGCCACCCAUCAGGAACUGAAGCCAUGCUCAAUACUAGAGCACUGGAAAAUUUUGAACCCCUUAGCACUGAUACUUACAGGUGCACUUUGCCAAAGCUUAAACUUUUGAAUUUUGAAGCAGCCCCUGUGGUGGAUUUAAGAGUGAACCCAACCAAUGAGGAUUGUAUGGUUGAGAUGCUCUCUUGCAAGUUUGAGGGUUCAGAAUCUGUGGAACGCCAAAACAGCCGUUUUUCAGCAUUGAUGACAAAUCACAUGUCGUGGGGGACAGACGACUCUGAAUCAUUUUUGGAAGUUGAUGUGAAGUUAAAUCUCACCCUCGAGAUCUAUACGCGCCCUUUUACUAUGAUGCCGGUAUCAGCUGUUGAGCGUCCGGGAAACUUAAUGAUGCAAGCAUUACUGGAUAGGCUGGUCCCACUGCUUCUGCAGCAACUCCUACAAGAUUAUGACAAAUGGGUUCAUAAGCAAUCAGAAGAUGAUCUUCCAUGAAAUGGUCCAUUUCUGCAUUGUUAAGAUGGCCAUUGGUAAAACCAAAAAAGACACAGCGGUGGCAUUACUCUAGCCAAUUUAUCUCUGAUUCGCAUUGCUUCACGUGUUGGUUUUCUUGUAAGUUCCCGCUUCGAUUAGCCUUGAGCCUCAUUCAACUGAACUCAACCCAAAGAGUUAAGGAACAGUAGACUACCCUAGAAUCUUCCUAGGAUUAUGUUAGUAUCAAUGUGUUGAAGUUGAGAAUUUGUAUGUAAAACCACAUUCUGGGUUCCAACGUAAAUUUUUCAAUUUUCCUCUCUC